UACAAUUUGCUGUUUCACUUUUCUUUUAAAUGAGCAAGCUGAAUCACUUGGAGGAGGAAGACAAAAGAGAUAGAGGAGACAGAGCCAACGCAGCUGAAAGAAAACUCAGCAUGGAGAGAAAACCAGUGUCCUUACCUCCGUCCGUCUCCAUAUCAGAAAUGGAACCCAACGGCAACUUCAGCAAUCACAAUAGCAGCAGGAACUGUACAAUUGAAACCUUCAAGAGAGAAUUUUACCCCACCGUGUACCUGAUAAUAUUUAUCUGGGGAGCCUUGGGAAAUGGCUUUUCCAUAUAUGUUUUCCUGCAACCUUAUAAGAAGUCCACAUCUGUGAAUGUUUUCAUGCUAAAUCUGGCCAUUUCCGAUCUCUUGUUCACAACCACACUGCCCUUCAGGGUUGACUAUUAUCUCAGAGGCUCCAACUGGAUAUUUGGGGACCUAACCUGCAGAAUUAUGUCUUUUUCUUUGUACGUCAACAUGUACAGCAGCAUUUAUUUCCUGACUGUGUUGAGUGUUGUGCGUUUCCUGGCAACUGUUCACCCCUUCCGGCUCCUUCAUGCCACCAGCGUCAAGAAUGCCUGGAUUUUAUGUGGGGUCGUAUGGAUCUUUAUCAUGGCUUCCUCAACAGUGCUUCUGAAAACUGGAUCUGAGCUGAAGGGCAAUGUCACAUUGUGCUUGGAGCUGAAUCCUAAUAAAGUUAUUAAACUGAAGACCAUGAACCACAUUGCCUUGGUGGUGGGCUUUCUGCUGCCAUUCUGCACGCUCAGCAUCUGUUACCUGCUGAUCAUUCGAGCUUUGUUAAAGGCGGAGGUCCCAGAAACAGGGCUGCGUCUUUCUCACAGGAAAGCGCUAACCACCAUCAUCAUUGCCUUGAUCAUCUUCCUCCUGUGUUUCCUGCCCUAUCACAUACUGAGAACCCUCCAUUUAGUUGAGUGGAAUGUGGAUAGAUGCAAAGAGAGUCUGCAUAAAGCUGUGGCCAUCACACUGGCUUUGGCAGCGGCCAACAGCUGCUUCAACCCUUUGCUCUAUUACUUUGCUGGUGAGAAUUUUAAGGACAGACUAAAGUCUGCACUCAGGAAAUGUCAUUCACAGCAAACAAAGUGCAGCUUUCCUGUGUGUGUGUGUGUGUGGUUACAGAAGGAAACAAGAGUGUAAGGGGUUAUUAGGCGAGGCUGUUCCUAUGUCCUUGUAUCUACCUUCAUUCACACGUAGUCUCCAAAUGACUGUAUUUAUACCAUUUCCAGCAAAGGUCGAUUCCCAAGAUUUAAUUGACCAUGACUUUUGUUAA